UAGGUCACUUUCCAGUGAAUGCAGAUAUCUUCACCUGAGAGGUUGGUGUUCUACAUAUCUAUGGCGGCAGCAGAAACAUUGGGAACCGUGGACUAUGUCGUCCUUUGCAUCAUGCUGGGUAUUUCCCUGGGAAUUGGCAUCUUCUUUGCUGUUCGUGAAAAGGACACAAAGGAAGGCUACUUGCUGGGAAACAGACAAAUGGGUGCCUUCUCCGUGGCUGUGUCGAUGUUUGUGACUCUGGCAUCAGCCAUUUCACUACUCGGUGUGCCUGCAGAAAUAUACACGUUUGGGUCAAUGAUGAUGUAUCAGUAUGUAUCUAUGACGUCGGUGUAUAUUGUUGGCAUGUAUACGUGUCUCCCUCUGAUGUAUCCUCUCGGAAUCACUAGUGUAUAUGAGUAUCUUGGAAUGCGGUUUGAUUCGACUGCUGUUCGCCUUCUUGGUACCUGUAUUGGCAUGUUACAGACGGCUUCAUACAUGGCCAUCGCCCUACUUUCACCAGCGCUGGCACUCCAGACGGUUGCUGGUCUUCCAUUAUGGUGGUCUAUAGUGAUCGUUGGUCUCGUUGGCACGAUCUACACUUCGAUAGGUGGCAUCAAGAGUGUGGUGUGGACAGAUGUGUUCCAGUCAUUUAUCAUGCUGGCGGGAAUACUCACCUCAAUAGUCCUUGGAGUUAUGAGAUCUGGUGGAACACUGAACGUCCUCAAAACAGCACACCAGGAAGGAAGACUGGGUCUUGAUGAAAUAAAUCCCGAUCCACGAGUACGUCACACAGUAUGGGGGCUUAUUAUCGGUGGUUUCUUCAAUUGGUAUGUCAAUCUCUUCACGCAGUCAAUGGGUCAAAGAACCUUUGCAAUCAAAUCAUUGAAGGGCGCUAAAAUGUCCUACCUUCUGAAUGCGGUAUUCAUGGUAUUGUAUGCCCUGUUACUAUGGGCAACAGGAUUAGCCUUGUUUGGGUUUUUCUAUACCCAGGGAUGCGAUCCUUAUGAAGCUGGAACUGUGACAAACCGGAACCAGCUUAUGCCGUACUUUGUGAUGCAAUUAUUAUCCGGCUUCCCUGGAGCCACUGGUCUUUACAUGUCGACGUUGUUCAGUGGCGCUCUGAGUACUGUAUCAUCUGGAAUAAACGCUUUAGCUGCCAACACAGUAGAAGAUAUUCUGGGGCCAUCUCUUCGAAGGGUGAGAUCUGAGAGACUCGUCACUGUCAUAGCCAAAUUAGCAGUAUGUUUCUAUGGCCUUCUGGCUAUCGGUCUGGCCUAUGCUGCUAAAUCACUUCAAGGCCCUGUAACACAGAUGGCUAUGGCCGCAUUUGGGGCUUGUGGAGGUCCUGUCCUGGGCAUGUUUCUCCUCGGAGCUCUGAUACCAUGGAGCAACAAAAUCGGUGCAUUCUUUGGGGGCCUAAUAUCCUUGGCUCUCAAUGUUUGGAUGAGCAUUUCCGGGCAAAUCUACGGCCCGAGGCCAACAACUCUACCGCCGGCACCAAUGUUCGCAUGUGCAAAAGAAGAUGUCCUGAAUAGCACGACUAUCUCCAUGUAUUCUAAUGCAAGUUCCGUGUAUGAAGCUACCACAAUGACAAUAGAUGAAAGCAUGGUCGCUGAGCCAUUCAGCUUAACUGGGGUGUCCUACUGCUGGUAUGGUUUGAUGGGGACUUUGAUUGCCAUGAUUAUUGGAUGUUUAAUAUCUUUGAUAGCAGGGCGCACGGACGUUAAUACCCUCGACCCAGACCUAGUGUUUCCGUUUGUGAGAAAGCUGUGUAAACUGAGGGAGCCUUUGACAAAAGACGAUGGCCUGGUCACCAGUGCAGAGUACAAAGCAAUGACAAAUUACAGAUUCUCGUGGGACAUGUACAAGAUAAACGCGCCUCAAGAAAACAGCGAAACUACAUUUACAUAACAAAUUCGGAGACUCGGACGUCCAUCAGAGCCUGCAACGACAUUAAACAUCUUUAUUGUUGAAAAUACAGAUUCAGAAAGGUGAUCCAAAUAAGGAUAUGGAUAGUCGAAUGUGCUGCAUCGGAAGACAGCCUGAAUGAUUCUUGAAGAAAUGGACAGAAAAACCCAUCCAAUGUAUUUGUGGAACACCAAGCCUAGUGUUCAUUAUCCAAAGGAGCCUGAAUGACGGCUAUGUUAUGAUACAUCGUAUAUACGGAGUCCAAGUUAACCUAGUAAUCUUUUAUUCAGUUGAUUCAGCAAAAUAUACUUGACAAAUUAUUCACACAAAAAUUGUCAAAAUCAUUAACUCUUUUUACAUCUUCUAAAACUCUAAGAUGAUAUUUUUGCAUUUGGAAUAGCAUAGUAUUAAAUAAAAGGAUGAGUCAUUACCGAUACAAAACUACGUUUAUUGUUAGUAAACAAUUCUUACAUGGAUAUAACAAUUUUGUUGAUUUGUAAUCCAAAAUGUACUGUAAACAUAAGUGAUCACCAUCAACAGAAAAUAAUAAAAUACCACUAAUUCCUCAAA